AUGGAGGAGGUCUUGGAGAGGCAAGAGCGAGAAAUAAGAGAAAGAAGGCGUAGACGAGCUGCAAGCAAAAGAGCCCAGAGAGAUCUAGAUCAGCAACUUGUCAUGGCUGUGGCUUUGCUUGAUGAAGAAAACCAGAGCAGUCGUGGUUCACAUGAAGGCCGUGCAGCAAAUGUUGACAGACAUAGGCAUUCUCGGGGUAAGAAUCUUAUGGAAGAUUAUUUUAUCCCAACAUCUCUGUACUCUGAUGUUCAUUUUCGAGGGCGAUAUAGAAUGCAACAACAUUUGUUCAAUAAAGUCAUGCAUGAUAUUUGCAAUUAUGAUGAAUACUUUGUGCAAAAGAGAAAUUGUGCUGGUGUUUUGGGACUGCUUCCCGAACAAAAGUUAACAGCUGCUAUACGAAUGUUGGCGUAUGGUGCAUCUGCUGAUCAGGUGGAUGAGAUUGCUCGGAUGGGUAAGUCCACUGCUUUGGAGAGUUUGGUUAGAUUUUGCGAUGCAGUCGAAAAUCUGUACACCAGGGACUACCUGCGCAGACCUACGCCCAGGGACUUGCAACGAAUUCUACAGAAAGCCGAACGGAGAGGAUUUCCAGGAAUGAUUGGUAGCAUCGACUGCAUGCACUGGCAAUGGAAGAAUUGCCCAACCGCUUGGCAGGGAGAUUACGGAAAUCGGAAAGGCCAAAAAAGUAUCAUCCUUGAAGCUGUUGCAGGAUUCGAUACAUGGGUUUGGCACGCCUUCUUCGGAGUUGCUGGAUCACAAAAUGACUUGAACGUCCUAGGUCAAUCCCCGGUGUUCAACGAUGUUUUGAGAGGAGAAGCCCCCAAAGUCACAUAUGAAAUCAAUAAUACCGUCUACCAAAAUGGGUAUUAUCUAGCUGACGGCAUCUACCCGAGAUGGACAACAUUUGUGAAAUCAAUUCCGCAUCCCCGAACCCAGAAGCAAAAAAAUUUUGCUACCCAUCAAGAGAGUUACAGAAAAGAUGUGGAGAUGUGCUUUGGUAUCCUCCAAGCUCGGUGGGCGAUCAUUAGAGGUGCGGCACGUAUGUUUGAUGAGGAGGUGUUGAGGAGCAUAAUGAUGACAUGCAUCAUCCUCCAUAACAUGAUUGUGGAGGAUGAGUAUGAUUACGAAGUUGAAGAGGUGUACGAAGAGGAUCCCAUGAACACGGCCUUGACAAGAAUUUAUGAAAAACCCAUAGGGCCAAAUGGAGAACCAUUGGAGCAUGAACCAUUGGUUAGAGAUGGUCGUUUCAUGCACCAUAUGAUUGAUCGAUAUACGGAGAUGCAAUCGUCGUAUAUUCAUGAACGCCGUCAAGUUGACUUAAUGGAGCAUUUAUGGGCGGUGAAAGGCAAUGACGGUGAAUGA